AAUAAUAAUAAUAAAACACAGGAGAGAGAAAGAAAGAGGGUUUUCUGUUUUGUCUAGCGAGAAAGAGAAAGUUGCUCACUUUUAACCCUCUUCUUCACUUCCCUCAACCCCCAUAAUCUUUCUCACAGUUUCGGCGGAUUUUCAUCACUUGAAAUAUAGAGAGAGAAACAAAACCCAGAAACUCAAAUUACCCAGAAACUCAAACUAUUUUUUUUCAGAUCCAUCUAAAUAAUCGAGAAAAAAAGUGGUAAAAAAUAAUGGGUUUGGGUACUGGAAGAGUAGGUGCGAGUAACAACAAUAAUAAUAGUAAUGGUGGGAUGUUGAAUCAAGUUCCAACUUCAUCAAAACAAUUGAUACAGAGUUUAAAAGAAGUUGUGAACUGUUCUGAAGAUGAGAUCUAUGCUAUGUUGAAAGAAUGUGACAUGAAUGUUGAUGUAGCGGUUGAACGUCUUCUUUUGCUAGAUCCAUUUCAUGAGGUGAAGAGCAAACAAGAAAAGAGAAAAAAGAAUAAGGAUGUGGGUGAUUCAAGGGUUCGUGGAACGAGUGGCACCUCCACGCGAGGUGGUAGGGCUGGGACAGACCGCUAUUCCAGUCGCAGUAGUAUGGGCCACUAUGGGACCUCCGACUCUGGUGCCGCACGUGGUAAAUCUGCUUACAAGAAGGAAAAUGGACCUAGUGCUUAUACAAGUUCUGCCAUGGGUAUGGCUAGUUAUAACGUAAACAGACGGCAACCACCUCUUAGUGAUGCUACCACGGCCAAAACAUCAUCAUAUAAUGCUGCUGAAGCAUUAGUAGGUGCAUCUCCAUCUUCUGGAUUUCAACCUGCCUGGUCAGGUAUCCCUGGUCAAGUGUCAAUGGCUGACAUUGUUAAGAUGGGAAGGCCGCAGAGAAAAGUCGGCAGUACUUUGACAUCAUCUGAACAUCAUGUUAAUAAUCAACAUCCCUGGGGAUCUCGUUCAGUAGGUGCACCUCAUGAUUUUCACCCAUCACAAGCUAAUGCUUCCAACCCAGAUUCAGGGUUGUCUGGACAUGUACCUCCUAACAGUGACUGGCCCCUAGAUGAGGACCCACCAGCUGCUAGCGUCUCUGCCAUCAUGGAGCCCUCUGUUGAUUCUGAAGCAUACAGUGACCCGUAUGACACAACAAAACAGCAAUAUAUACCUCGAUCUGAUGAGGUUCGAUUUGAGGAGCAUGAUAUUGUUGAUGAUGCACAUCCAAGCUCUGUUCGAUCUAUUCCUGAAUCUAACCAAAAUAUACAAGAAGACAACUCUGGGAGUGCUUCUGGUUUUGAUAAUGGCAUGUACCAGAAUAUCAGCUCAUACCAAGUUCACCAUCGAGAAGUUGAAGAUGCCAGUGCAUCAGUAUCAUCUGUGACCAACAAUUUUCAGAGUCUAUCUUUGCCAAAGGAGGAUGAAAUUGAGGAGGAGGAUGAUGAUGAAGAUGAGGAUACCCCAUCUGAAGAGGAUGGUCCUGCUGUGAAAAUUCCUGAUCACCUGCAAGUGCAGUCUACUGAAUGCUCGCAUUUGAGCUUUGGUAGUUUUGGAUCUGGAAUGAAUGCUCCAUUCUCAGGAUCUUUUGGAUCAAGAGCUGUAAAAAGUAAUGAGGAGGCAGCUGUAUCUGUUGAUACUCCAUCAGCUGUACACUCUGAAGCUAGAAAUCCUGAAUACUACGAGGAUGAACAUCUCAGAACUACUUCAGAUGUAAAUACUUCCCACAGAAUGGGUGGUUCUAGUAAUUUUGAUGCUCCAUCAGCUUCACAGGCUGAUAUGUUAAAACAGGAGGCUCCUGAAGCUGCACAAUCUAAUCAGUACUCUUUCCCCCCAUCCACUGCUAAUUAUGCUUUCGAGAACAGCCAACAGUUGAAUUCAUCUUUUGAAAAUUCACAAAUAAACUCUCAGAUGCAAGGUCUGCCUUCUUUGUCAGGUGUAAUGCCGUAUUCCAACUCUUUGCCGAACACACUCUUGGCAUCAAAUGCACAGCCCCUGAGGGAGUCUGAGCUUGCAUAUUCACCUUUCCCCAUUUCACAAUCUAUGGCUUCAAAGUAUGGAAACUCAGUAUCAUCACUUGGUGGUCCAACUGCUUCAAUGGCUGAGGCACUGAAGACUGGCAACUUCUCUGCUGCACAGGCAACACAGAAUCUACCUGGUGGCAGUAACAUCUCUGGUGGGGCUGCUCUUCAGCAACACUUGGUCCAUCCGUAUUCCCAGCAUUCUGUGCCCAUGGGCCACUUCGCUGCUGCUAAUAUGAUCGGCUAUCCAUUCUUGCCUCAAAACUACACGUACAUGCCUUCUGCAUUCCAGCAAGCUUUUGCGGCGGGUAAUAGCACAUAUCCUCAAUCCCUAGCCGCAGCAGUGCUUCCCCAGUACAAAAACAGUGUUUCAGUAAGCAGUUUACCCCAAGCUGCUGCUGUUCCCUCAGGAUAUGGUGCGUUUGGGAAUUCAAAUAGCAUCCCUAAUAACUUCCCGCUGAACCCUCCAAGCGCUCCUGCGGGCACUUCUGUGAACUAUGAUGACCUGUUAAGUUCACAAUACAAAGACGCCAGUCAUCUCCUCUCUCUGCAGCAGGGAGCGGGGUCGAGAACAUUGUCAGGAGUUCCAGGAAGCACAUAUUACAACAGCUUCCAGGGUCAAAACCAGCAGCCUGCUGGGUUCCGACAAAGCCAGCAGCCAUCACAGCACUAUGGGCAGCUUUCUGGGUAUCCCAAUUUCUACCAUUCUCAAAGUGGGCUCUCUCUUGAUCACCAACAACAACAAAUGUCGAGGGAUGGUUCCUUGAGCGGUUCCCAGGGCCAACAGCCUAAGCAAACUCAACAGUUAUGGCAAAACAGCUACUAAUCUUUUUUUAAAAAAGCCAUCGUGUCCUCCAGGUUUUUCAGGAUCUGUAGUAGUAGCACUUUUGAAGUCCAGAAAUUGGCCAAAUUAUUAGGGGCUUAAAUCUGUGUACUGAAGGACUGGACUUGGCUACUGUGUCCUGUUCCCUGGAGGUUGUACUUUACCCUUUUCCUUCCCCUUUUUAAUUUUUCAGUUUGGCUAACAUAGGUACAAUGUCGAUGUGUGCUAAUGUAUGGUAGUCGACCUUCAGGCUCUCCUGCUGUUUUAGUUUCAUCAUCCAAUAGUGAAAAGUUUCUGCUUUUUCGUCUAA